GCAAGAUGUGGAAGUUGCCAGUACAGUGAUGAUUUCAAGGGAAAGUCUUUGUUAAUUUUGAUGUUAAAAACUUAACAUGUCGGAUUCAUUAGAGCCAACGACUCUCCAGGACCGCCUGGAGCGUCUUCAGGAACUGACAGAAUUUACUGAAAAGUGCAAAAAACAGAUAAACGAUAUAUUUGAAGCGCUGGGAUGGUCGCAGGACUACAAGAACUCCAACCGGGAACCAAUGGAGCAGUGCCCCUAUGACCCUGACCACAUGGUCCCGGUCAGGAGCAUGGAGAAACACAAAGCCUCCUGCAAGCUCCGAAAAAUGGGCUACUCUGCUGAGGAGCAGGCGAAGAUGUUUGACCCCUCCGUGUGUUAUGAGAACACCAGCGUCAGAAGCUUUAUAAUGGACAAAUCCACGCAGCAUCAGGUGAUCCUACAGGCGAGAUCUGCUGCACCGAUGAUGAGGAUGGAAGGAGUCUUCUGGCAAGGUCAGUACUCCGGCGAGCCGGUUGACGUACCUCAAAACCACAAGCGAGCUGUGUGUGAUCUCACUGUUGCCGACCGAUUGGCUCUGUACGAUCACGUGGUCGGUGCCCUCAAUCAACAGAAGGAAGCGUUGUCCAACAACGAGGAUCUUUACGUAGAUUUGGUGUCCAAACUCCAAAAAGAUGAAGAACAAAAUGAACCAAAGACUAAACUGGAGCUGAUGGCAGAAAUGAGGGACUAUAAGAGGCGGCGUCAGUCCUACAGAGCCAAAAAUGUUCACAUCACCAAGAAAUCCUAUACUGAGGUGAUCAGAGAGGUGAUCAGCGUCCAUUCAGAGGAACUUGCCAGACAGUGGAGAGAGGAACAGGACGAGGAGGAGUCGAUGAGAUCGGAACAGUCUUCCCACGGGCGGCGGGCGGACGAAAGACGCUCAACAUCCUCAGAGUCUCGCCACUCCCACAGUAAACGCCAUCGCAGCCGGGAACGAAGUCACGAAAGAGAGAGCAAGAAGAAGAAGAGUAGGAAGGAGAGGGAUUCCCGUUCCCCGGAUGACCACCAUCACCACCACCAUGACAAAAAGAAAAAGAAGAAGAAAAAGAAAGAGGAGAAGGAGAAGUGAGAGUGCUGAACUCGCAAAGUCAGAUCAGAUGAAGUCAAAGUUCACAGUCGCGUCAGCAGGUCUAAAGAUGAGGUUUACACACCAAGGGAUUUUCAUAAGAUUUAAAUUGUAAUAAAGU